CCACGCCCAAACCCGGAAAUGUAUAAGGAAAAUAGGAAAUUAACUCUGACAGUCGUAUCUAACAAAAAGUGGUCAGGAGUGGAGCAAAACUAGCGAGCGUGGCAAGAGCAUGUCCUCUUGUAUAAGUGCGACAAUGGCGAAUUCUUCAGUCAUGGUGUUGAAAGCAGCCUUCGUAGCAUUGGGGAGCGUGAUGGUUGCUACUCUCAUCUACACUCUCGCCAUUGAUGGAUUGCCAUUCCGUAAAGACCUCCUUACCCCGUGGAUGACAGCAACUUUAGUGGACUUCUAUAUCAAUAUCUUUGUUUUGGCGGUAUGGGUUAUCUACAAGGAAUCAAGUUGGCUUGCAUCAAUCAUCUGGGUAAUUCUUCUGGUAUGUUUAGGAAGUAUCACAACUUGCGCAUACAUUACCAUUCAACUAUUCAAGCUUUCAGCUGAAGAAUCCUCCGAUCCUAUGUAUCAUCUUCUAUUGCGAGACCAGGAUAAGAAGGAUGCGUAUAGUGGGAGCGCCAUUCAACUGAUCUCUGCAAAAGUUAUUUUUGGUUGUCUAGGCUGUCUCAUGCUUGGUACCUUGGUUUACACUAUCAUCACUCACGGUUCACCUUUCAAUAAGGAACUUUUAACACCGUGGUUGGUAGCAACACUGAUAGAUUUCUACAUCAAUGUUGCUGUUUUAUCAGUUUGGGUCGGCUACAAAGAACCAAGUUGGUUAACUAGAGUGAUCUGGAUAGUUUUGCUAAUAUGUUUUGGCAGCAUUGUGACCUGUGGAUAUGUCGUGCGGCAGUUUUGUCUGCUCUCUCCUUAUGAUCCCUUGUACCUUGUUCUGUUGAACAACCAUCACAGGGCAGAAAGCAGAUAUGAGACGACGACGACACCAACAGUUUGGUAAACCCAAGGUUACAGGCAAGCCUAAACUAUCAUUUUCCUGAGAGACCUCAGAUUGAUUUCCAUUUGAAUUCAAUACUAGUAGUAGUGUGGAUGUGGUACUCGGAUUUUCAAAAUGAGUAAAUACUUUGCUUGUAACCAAACUAUAAUUGUACUCCGUAAUUGUUUUCCAAUUGAGGGCGUCAAAAUCGCAGCCAGGCAUGUAUUAUGAAAUACAUGCCAUGGGCUUGUUUGUAAUUUCCCAGCCAUUUUGAAAUUGUUGAAUAGUCAACCCCGUUUGCCAACUUGGAUCCCGUUACUGCCAAUUUUGUAAUAUGAAUACCAUUUUAAAAUAUUUAGCACCAUUUUUGUGAUAUUAAUACCACUUUAUAAAA